UCAAUCGAUGCGUAACGGGGAAUAUAAUACAGACAUUGUACGCCAUCAACUAAUCAAUUGUACUUUACAAGAGGAAAAACAGGCCUACAAAAUUUAUAAAUACGAUUUACAAUUUAGCUUGAUCUAGGAUUUAUUCAACUUGCCAUAAGUUGGUGCCGUUUGAGAAACUUAAAAACUGCAAGGAACAGGAUUGUGAAGGCGAUUGCAUAACAUUCCGUCAAGAUGCCAGUCUUGGAAAGCCUCAAGAAUCACAUCAAGGGAGCAUUCCUUGAUAUCUCCAUAAUAACCUACGUAUUGGUUGUCAUUUUUGGCACAGCUUCAUGGAUUGCCAUCAACGGACUUUGGGUGGAGUUACCCAUCAUUGUCCAAGAAAUUCCUGAAAGCUGGUCUCUGCCAUCCUACCUAACUGUUAUAAUCCAAUUGGCCAACAUAGCUCCGCUGGCUUUUACACUAGGAAACAAGUUCUACCCUCGUGUGGUCCACGAGAUUCCCGUCAUUUACAUCAGCCUUGGUAUUGGGACAGCUUCCUGUGUUCUGUUGGUAUUUUUCUGGAAGGAAACGUUGUACAUCGCCGGAGCUGAAAGAAGCACAGCACUUUUAGUUCUCUGUUUCUUUCUUUCCGUGGUUGAUUGUACCUCGUCUGUUACGUUCCUACCAUACAUGGCAAUCUAUCGAGAAGUUUACAUGAGUCCUUACUUCUUAGGCGAAGGUUUAAGUGGUCUUAUACCCAGUCUGGUGGCAUUGGGGCAGGGCGUGGGAGGGGGGUCACAUACCCUUUGUCCCAGUCAGAGCCCCCCACAGACUCCCGUGAACAUCACAAAUGGAACCUCCAACGGCACUGACUCAGGAAGUUGGGGACCCGGCCCAAAAUUCCCCGCCGAAGGAUUUUUCUGGUUCCUUGCUGGGAUGAUGUUGGCAUCUGGCUUGGCCUUCCUGGGGUUAAAUUACCUCCCGGUGGCCAAACGACAGCAGGUGAAGACGAUUUACGAAGUUUCUCCUGAUGGAGGCCAGCGUUCCACCUUAGAGCUUGUCUCUAACGAACAGAACAGCUCAGGUUCAAAUGCACAAUCUCAUCAAGGUUCCAAAGAUCCCGACAACACGACCACAAAAGAUUCCAUAUUCCUGAUGAUUAUCUUAGCUGUUGUCAGCGGCCUGAGUAAUGGCGUAAUACCAGCCAUCCAGUCAUACGCCUGUAUUCCUUACAGUUACUACAUCUAUCAUUUGACCCUCACUCUGUCCAAUAUUGCCAAUCCUGUCACCUGUUUUGUGUUUCCAUUUAUCCGCUCCACCUCAACACUGAUCAUAGCAGUGCUGAGUUGUGUUUACUUUGGAAUGUGUACCUAUAUUCUCAUUGUUGCAUCACAAAGUCCAAAUGUGUUGUUGCGCUGUGAUGAUUCUGGUGCUGUAUUGAUUGUUUUCAUCAGUGUCAGUGCAGUUGCUGUGGUGACAUACAUUAAAGUUGCUAUUGGAGGAAUAAUGCGAGAGAAGGGUCGCAAGCAUUUGUUGUGGUAUGGCGUAAGUGAACAGAUUGGCUCAUGCGUGGGUGCAUUAGCCAUGUUUGCUCCAGUAAACAUCUACCAUUACUUUAAACAAGAGUGAAAGUAUUCCUGUGGGAAUACUGUAUAGGCUGGAACUUGAAGUGAACUUAAUCUAGUGCAGCAGGUCUCCUAAAAUACAAUUUUAUGUAUGGAUAUUACCGUAUGUUUCUUAGCCUGCAUAGCAUACAGCAUCGAAAGACCGGAGCUAGGUCACAAAUUAUAUUAGAUUCUCGCCGCUGCUUAAGAAGAGAAUGAGUUGCAGUGUUUAGAAACUCUGCGAAGUAAAGGCAACGUCAAAGAAGUUUCACUUUAUUUUAUUUUUAUUUUUUCAAUUCCAUUAACGGAAUGAGAAUGUUCACUUUCUCUCGGAGGUUUCAAACAGGUUUCUUUUUCAAUUCAUAAAAAGAAAAAAAUGAGUUAGUGAUCACUCUUCAGGGUGUUAGAUAACGCCAUUGAAGUUUUUCGGUUCGCCGAUGGAUCACCGAUUCAGCCUCUCCAUUGGUUGAGUGAAUCAAAGCUCUUGAGGUUAAAAAAUUUUAAUAAAAGCUUUUUGGAAGAAAAAACUUAAAUUCGUGAGUUUUAUAUUGAGGGAAGCUAUUGCAAAGUCUUAGAGACUUAGAAAUUUUUUUAACACUUAGGCUUUUCAGAUUGUUAGAUUACUCAGCCUUAGUACACCUUAAUCAGGAACGCUUUUUCGCUCAGUAUAGGUGCAGCCCGUGUAUUCUGAUAUCUUCUAAAAUUUCAUGUGUAGGGAAGCUUGGAUCUCAAAGUUAAAAAAAAAAAAAAGAAAAAAUAAGCAGCUGUGCAAUUAGCAAAUAAUUAUUAACUAAUUACGGAGAGAGAUAUAUCUAACCAUCACGUGUCAGCGAAAAAUGAGCGAAUUGAAAUUAGACAAUAUAGAUUUUAGGAAGACUCGGCACAUUACAAUGCAUUUUAACCCGUUAGACUACAUUUUUUCCCAAUGAUUUUUACGCACAAACGCUCGCUAAGCCACCACCUUCAUCCAGUGGCGAACUUGUUAAGAGCCCACGGUUUUGGAAAGAUUUAAUGACUUUUAACUGAUACAACGAGAAUGGCUGCACAGUGUUGACGCAAAAUGCAGCUUAGUUAGAGCCGUACAGAUGACGCACGCGCGAGUGCCCAGACUUCGCUCUUUGUAAUUCCCUCAGAAGUAAGUAUUCUCUGCGGUGAAAUACAUUGUUUCAAGUACAACUGUACCUGCACUAGCUUCAGAACUGGUCUUGUUACUAUUAAAAUUGAGGGCUAAAAGAUGAA